GGUCAGCAAAGCGGAAGCAGAAUAAAUAAAGGCGGGACUUUGCUGAAGAGAAAAGAGUGAAAUGCUUUGCUAAUUAGCGCCAUUUUCCAAGAGAAGAAAUGUUCUUCUUGCACUUCCUUCUGCACAUCGUCGUGACUUCCGCGGACGUGGCCAACAUCAAUAACAACAAUAUCAACACCAACAUUAACAACAAUAUCAACAUCGCCGCUCACUUCGGGACUAAAAGCCGCUACGAGGAGGUGAACCCGCACCUGCUGGCCGACAUCUUGGCCGUCAACCACUCCAUUCUGCGGCCUCCGGCCACCGAGCGCUGCUCCCCGGUCCAUGUGAGCGCCCUGGUCCGGCACGGCAGCCGCUACCCGACCGUCAACAACGUCCGCGCCAUCCGGAAGCUGAGCGACUUGCUCCGGAGCCAAAGGCCGCAAGAGUGGACGUCUUGGAGGCGGGACAUCCUGGACGGCUGGCGGAUGUGGUACACUGACGACAUGGACGGUGAGCUGGUCCACAAAGGUAGAGAAGACAUGCGUCACCUGGCCAGGCGUCUCUCCCUGCUCUUACCUUCUCUGCUGGGGGAGGAGCCAGUGCGCAGGGGGCGUGUCCAGCUGCUGAGCAGCUCCAAGCAUCGCUGUGUCAGCAGCGUGGAAGCUUUCCAGGAAGGACUUCACCUGCAAGCACACCUGUCACACGUCGACUACAGCCACAGAGUGGACGACCAGCUGCUGCGCUCCUUUGAGCGUUGCCCUGGUUACGUGGAGGGCGUGGAGAAGAACCACACGGCGCUGGCCGAGGUCCACAAGUUCCAAGACGGCCAGGAGAUGGACGGCGUGAGGACCAAGGUGGCGGACAAACUCGGCCUUCCUGGCGACAGCUUGACAGCAGAUCUGCUGGAGGCGGCGUUCUUCUUGUGCUCCUACGAGCUGGCCAUCAAGUCCCAACACUCGCCCUGGUGCUUCCUCUUUGACCAGGACGACGCUCAGGUUCUGGACUACAAAACCUGUGGUUCUCCCAGAAGGUUCUGGAGUACAAAACCUGUGAUUCUCCCGGAAGGUUCUGAAGUACAAAACCUGCGGUUUUCCCGACAGGUUCUGGAGUACAAAACCUGCGGUUUUCCCCACAGGUUCUGGACUACAAAACCUGUGGUUCUCCCAGCAGGUUCUGGACUACAAAACCUGCGGUUUUCCCAACAGGUUCUGGAGUACAAAACCUGCGGUUCUCUCGGCAGGUUCUGGACUACAAAACCUGCGGUUUUCCCGACAUGUUCUGGACUACAAAACCUGUGGUUCUCCCAGAAGGUUCUGGAGUACAAAACCUGUGAUUCUCCCGGAAGGUUCUGAAGUACAAAACCUGCGGUUUUCCCAACAGGUUCUGGAGUACAAAACCUGUGGUUCUCCUGGAAGGUUCUGGAGUACAAAACCUGCGGUUUUCCCCACAGGUUCUGGACUACAAAACCUGUGGUUCUCCCAGAAGGUUCUGAAGUACAAAACCUGCGGUUUUCCCGACAGGUUCUGGAGUACAAAACCUGUGGUUCUCCCGGAAGGUUCUGAAGUACAAAACCUGCGGUUUUCCCGACAGGUUCUGGAGUACAAAACCUGUGGUUCUCCCAGCAGGUUCUGGACUACAAAACCUGCGGUUCUCCCAGCAGGUUCUGGACUUCAAAACCUGCGGUUUUCCUGACAGGUUCUGGACUACAAAACCUGCAGUUCUCCCAGCAGGUUCUGGACUACAAAACCUGCGGUUCUCCCGGCAGGUUCUGGAGUACAAAACCUGCGGUUCUCCCGGCAGGUUCUGGAGUACAAGUUGGACCUGAAGCAGUACUGGAAGCGUGCGCACGGUCACGCCAUCAACAGCCUGUC